UGUAGUGCGUUUAUUCUCUCUGAAUGAUGGAGGAAGUUGAAGCAUCGAAAUGUGAAACUGGACCAGCGAGAACAGCUUCAAACCGGUUUAAACAUCCGACAACAAAAGCCGGAGCUCAUGCGGUCAGACCUGAGCCUUCAGUGAUCAGGAACACAUCGGGAUGUUUCAUUUCAUUCAUAUAAACAACACUCAACACCUUUUGUUUACACGCGAUGAUGUGAAAUUUAACCCCGAAACGCCGCAGCGUCCAACACAUUGAGAGGAAUUUAGCGAGGAAAACAACAAUUCCCGCUCGAAGAACGCCGGUGUAGAAAUGAGCCCUCAGGACACACGGAAGGCUCCGGAUGGUGGAUGGGGUUGGGCCAUCGUGGCGGCCUCAUUCAUGGGUCAGCUCCUGGCGUACGGCUCGCCUCAGUCUGUGGGGGUGCUCUACCCCGAGUGGCUCAACACCUUCCACGACAGCAAAGGCACGACGGCGUGGGUCGGAUCUCUGGUGUCCGGUGUCGGACUCAUUGCUAGUCCUAUCUGCAGUGCUUGUGUUGUGAAUUUUGGGGCGAGACCUGUGACCAUCUUCAGUGGAGUGAUGGUCUCUGGAGGGCUCAUGCUUAGUGCUUUUGCACCCAAUGUUCAGUUUCUCAUAUUCUCCUAUGGAAUAGUAGUUGGACUGGGCUGUGGACUUGUUUAUGCUGCUACCGUAACCAUCACAUGCCAGUAUUUUGACAAGAGACGUGGUCUUGCUCUUGGAAUUGUCACAACAGGUACAAGCAUCGGAGGUUUCCUGUAUGCCACAGCGCAGAAUGAAUUCAUUGUGCUCUUUGGACUCGAUGGAUGCCUUCUGCUGAUCGGCUGUUUUGCACUAAACAUCAUUGCCUGUGCUGGACUCAUGAGACCUCUGCACCUGCCGGCUUACUACCUCAAACAGAGAAAAGCACUGAGCCAGAAGUCGGAAGGAAAGGACCUUGAAAAGGCCCCUGUCACUGAGGAUCCCGUUGAAAAGGACCCGUCCGUCAUCAAAGCUCUUGUCACAGAGGAGAGGAAAGACACGAAGAGCCCGCUGGUACGGCUCAUAAAGAGCAAACAGAAGAGGUAUUCUGAAUACUUGCAUUCGGCAGGAGAGCUGCUCCAGAACAGGGUCUUCUCGGCCAUGUGCGUGUCUUUGUUUGCGUGUUGUCUCGGGACGUAUCCACCUCUCCUCUUCCUGGAGGAUUUAGCUCAGACAGAAGGUCUGGUCGAUGGCAUCAGCACCAUUCCUCUGGUAUCUAUCGUUUCCAUCGCCGCCGGGGUGGGAAAGCUGCUGCUAGGAGUCGUCAUGGACAUUCGGUGGAUGAACAGCAUCUUCCUGUACGCCUUCACCCUGCUGGGCACCGGGGUGGCUCUCAUCCUUAUCCCCUUCACCAAGAAUUACGCCGGGCUGCAGGUCAUCUCGGCCAUGCUGGGCUUUUUUUCUGGGAACUGGUCCGUCAUCCCCUACAUGACCACUAAGGUCGUGGGAAUGGAUCGUCUGACUGAGGCCUACGGGAUCUUGAUGUUCUUCGGUGGAUUGAGUAUCAUGCUUGGACCGCCCAUCGCAGGAUGGAUCUAUGACUGGAUGCAUUCAUACGACCUGGCGUUCUUCUGCAGCGGAGGGUUCGUGUUGCUGGGUGGAGCUGCUCUUUUCAUCUCUGCUUUGUCUUGCUGGAACAAGAAGCAGAAUGAAUGCGAAACGACAGAGAAAGAAAACACAACUGAGUGUGACUCAGUGGCUACUGUUGCCUGAGCUUCAGCUCAUGCUUUAACAACUGGACAUGUGACACUGAACACAGCAAAUAAAACACUGACUGACUGUUUUAAGAGGCUGUUGUCCAACAUACAAAAUGGCUCAGUUUCCAUUUUAUUUACAAUGGUUUUGUCUUCAACGUACCAUAAUCUGCUUCAAUCCUCUGUGCCAUGUCUUGAAAUGAUCUUUUAUUAUAAAGUUUUUGUAGACAUAUAAGACAAGAUGUCUGGGAUUUCAAUUAUGUUUUUCCACAUUAUGACAGUUUGAAACAUUAAAUCAAGUUUACAGAUUGGCUAUAUUGGCACUACACUAAGUGUGCUUGGUUUAUUGCUGAAUUACCCACAGCUGUACUGAAAAACACGUCACAGUAUUGGGAGAGAAUAUGACAAUGCCUUGUGUGUUGUGUUGUUGAUUUAUUUAUUUGAUUUAUGUCGAUGCUGUCGCUCACACAGCUGCUGAAGAUCUGUUCUUCUGUUUUCUUUUUGCCUUGUUUUAAAACAUUUGUCAAUGUUUGAUACAAAAACAACAUGUUUUUUAUAAAUAUGAUGCCGUGUUGUUUAUACAGCCGUUAGAUGUGUUGUUUAUUAUUUUUGUAUGCUUUUGUAACCCCUCUGUUUUUAUACACUUUAUAUAUGAUUGUGUAUUGUUGUAUUUGUACUGCUUGCUGAUUGUUUUCGCUUUUUUUAAAACUUGACAUUGUUAUAAAGAAAAAGAUCAGACAUGUUGGGAAGGAGAUAGUGGAGAGGUAAAAAUGUUUACUUGAAACUGUAAUUGAUAUGACUGCUUGUAUUUUGAACUCUGGUCAUGAACAUUUCAACUAUAUUUUUUGUUUUUUUAUUAUUGU